AGCGCCAGAGGAUUCCGGAGACUUUCCCACAUGUGAAAAAAACAUGAGGACACUAUUUAGAUGUUUUUCUCUUUAGCUAGUAUUUGUUCUUCGGUCAUCACCAAGGAAUAACAAUAUUUAGCAUUUUCUUUGAUUGACUUAACAUAUUUUCUUAACCUGAAUUCAACAUUUGUCGCUCUAGCAAACUUUUCAGCUCUCAAGGUAGGCAGCUAAUUUAAGUUAGCCACCUUGGUAACAUCUAACGUUAGCUAGCUAUCAUGGAUAACUCGGACGAAAAUUCGGUACAAUUCCACGGGGAUGAAGAGAUUAUAGAAGUCAUCGACCUUAACGAAACAGAGCAAAACCCAGAUGAUUUGGCGGAUGAGUUCGAGGACGUGGACGUCGGAGAGACUGAGGACGGAGACAAUGAACAGGAAGACUGGGAUACCGACGACGAGAUGGAGCAGGAAAAGGAGCAAGAUGACAGCGAACUCACCUUUUCCAAACACACGGGCUCCGUGUUCUGUGUGAGUCUGGACCCAGCCACAAACAGCUUGGCUGUGACAGGAGGAGAGGAUGACAAGGCCUAUGUCUGGAGAGUGAGUGACGGGGAAGUGCUGUUUGAAUGUACAGGCCAUAAGGACUCCGUGACAAGUGUUUUAUUCAGCCAUGAUUCUUCCCUGGUGGCCACGGGGGACAUGAGUGGGCUGAUCAAGGUCUGGAGGGUGGAGACCAAGCAGGAGGUGUGGUCCUUCGAGGUGGGAGACCUGGAGUGGAUGGAGUGGCACCCCUGCGCCCCGGUGCUGCUGGCGGGCAUGGCGGACGGUAACGUUUGGAUGUGGAAGAUCCCAGGGGGUGACUGUAGGACCCUGCAGGGCCCUGGCUGCCAGUCUACCAGUGGAAAGGUCCUGCCAGACGGGAAGAGAGCUGUGGUGGGCUAUGAAGAUGGCAACGUACGACUUUGGGACCUCAAGCAGGGAAAUGCCACCCAUGUGAUUAAAGGUCAUGAUGGACACCAGGGGGCACUGACGUGCCUGACCUGUAACAAGGACGGCUCUCUGGUGCUGACGGGCUCUGUGGACGGCCGUGCCAAGCUCAUCAACACUGCCACUGGCAAGGUGUUGGGUGUGUUCUCUGUGGACGGGGGCAAAGCCAAAGCCUCUCAGGAGGAUGCCGAGGAGACCAACUCGGUGGAGUCAGUGGGGUUCUGCAAUGUGUUGCCUCUGAUAGCGGUGGCGUAUCUGCAUGGGACCCUGGCUAUCUAUGACCUCUCCUCACAGGUCCUCAGACACAAGUGUCAGCACCAGGCUGGCAUUGUUAAACUGCAGUGGGAGGAGUCAUCCUCUGUGGUGUCCACCUGUAGUCUGGACGGGGCGGUGAGGCUGUGGGAUGCCCGCUCGGGAACCAUGGUGUCAGAGUACCGUGGCCACCAGGCGGAGAUCCUCGACUUCACACUCAACAGAGAAGCCUCUAUGGCGGUCACUGCCUCUGGAGAUCACCAGGCCAAACUCUUCUGCCUCCAACGGCCAGACCGUUAAUAAGAGGAGCAGAGGGAGAAAGAGCGAGAGAAAUGGGGAUGGACUCAACCCCGAUCGCGCUUUGUCGACAAUGCACCUUAAAGGCAAUAUUCCCGUUUUUGUGGAGACCGUUUUAACAGUGGACACUGCAUAUAUCGGCUCAAUCCGAAGUUGUCGCUUAACCUCUCUGGGAAAUGUGGGGCGGUAGCCAACAGCCAGUGAAAGCGCAGGGCGCCAAAUUCAAAACAACAAAGAUCUCAUAAUUAAAAUUCCUCAAGCAUACACGU